AUGACUGCGGCGGGUAAACUUGUCAGCAAGGCGCUCACAUACACCAGUUUCUGGAAUCUGGGCCUUUCGACGGUUGCUGUCCCCGUGGAUAUUCUGCCGGAAGAGAUUCUGGUGAAGGUGAAGGCAGUUUCGAUCAACCCAAUUGACGUUCUUCUACAGCGCCUGAGCCUGUUUUUUGUGGGAUCAUACAGGAAGGUCUACGGUGGGGAUUAUGCCGGGGUUGUUGUGAAGGCCGGCAAGAGCACCGGAUACCAGACGGGCGACGCUGUCUACGGAUAUCGUCUAGCCCCGUUCAGCUCCGAGGGGACGUUUUCGCAGUACAUUGUCAUCAACCCGAAGAAAGUUAUUCUUUGCGACAAGAUCCCGGAGGGAAUGUUGUUUGAGCAGGCGGCCUCGCUGGCGUGCACUGCUGCCACAGGCUACGGCGUUCUGAAAAUGGGCGUGACUCAGGCCGGGAAGGUAAAAACACCCGAUCUGGCCGACGCCCUGGAGGGGAAGAACGUUCUCGUCAUUGGAGCCGGGACGUCUGUCGGGUCAUAUGCAGUCGAGUUCGCCAAGAAGUACAUGCGUGCGGCAAACGUCGUGGCGACGUGCUCGUCGAGAUCGCUGGCCAAGAUCGAGAACCUAGGCGCCGACGUGACGAUCGACUAUACUCAGGGGAACUAUGCCAAUAUUAACCAGACGCUCGAGUUUGUCAAGGCGAAGGGGAAAUUCGACGUUGUUGUCGACUGCGUGAGGAACGAGAUCUUCUUGGACUACCUCGAUGUGAUCCUUAAAGACUCCACCAGCGACGAUGGCGGCAGCAGUGGUUCCUACUGCCAGGUCUACGGCUCCAAGUCGAUGAACCUCUGCUCCUGCAGCAUCUUCUCCAUCAUCCUGCCCUCGUACCGGUCCCUCAAGUACUCGCUGCUGUACAGCCUCGGGCUGCUGAAGCACCGCCUCUACUGCUACAAGCUCGGCUACGACGCCACCUUUGCGCCUGUCGUGCACUCGAUGUGGAAGGCCCAUCUCCUUGACACCCCCAUCGACAGCGUCCACCGAGGAUGGUCCAACUACGCCGAGGCCAUCCACAGAGUCGGCACCUCCAAGGCCUCGGGCAAGGUCGUCUGCAUCCUCUAG